AUGAAGUGCCAGAUAGUUGCUAUCUUACUGUAUUGCAUUGCCUAUGUUACUAGAGGCGCGGCUGAAGAAGGGCAUAAGGAAGAUACUAAACUAUCUGAUAAUAACUCCCAACAGGAUAAUGCAGGGACCUUUGUUUCAUUUGAAGACUGGAAGAGGAGUAAAGAAGAAGAUAUUUCAAACUCUAAUAGGCGAAAUAGGGAACCCGUGGACCCAUCAUGCUACGGCGAUGGCGAAUGUAUUGGAGAAGAGAUGGAAUUUGAAGUAAAUUUCUUUACUGGUAAUGAUGAUAAUUUGCCGUCCCACAAGAAUGGUGGGGAUAGAGAAAAUUAUGAAGAAGAACCAGAGGGAAAACUUUACAAACACAAGUUCAACUACGCUUCCUUAGAUUGUGCUGCUACCAUUGUAAAGACAAAUUCUGAGGCUUCUGGUGCCACGUCAAUAUUGAUAGAAAACAAAGACAAAUAUCUUUUGAACCCAUGUUCGGCUGCCAAUAAGUUUGUAGUUAUCGAACUAUGUGAAGAUAUUUUGAUUGAAGAAAUUAUAAUUGCAAAUUUUGAAUACUUUUCAUCCACAUUUAAGCAUAUAAGAGUGUCCGCAUCAGAUAGAUUUCCUGUGAAUAAAAACAAAUGGACAUCAUUAGGUGAAUUUGAUUGCGAAAAUGUAAGAAAUUUACAAAGGUUCAGCAUUCCUAACCCUCAAAUCUGGGCGAGAUACUUGAGGCUGGAAAUUCUAUCACAUUUUGAUGAUGAAUUUUACUGCCCUAUAUCCUUAGUUAGGGUACAUGGAAAGACUAUGAUGGACGAAUUCAAAUUGAGUGAAAUUGCCAAUAAUGAUAUCGAUUCAGAUUUACAACUUGUCAAGAAUCUUACUGAGGUAGAUCCUUCAUUGAAAGAAACUAGAGUGGGAGAAGCUGCUGACGGAAAGCAAGCUGAUCCUGAAGAGGAGACAAAGGAAAAUGUCUUAGAUAAAUGUUCGACGUGGCCAUAUGUUGACUUAGAUAAUAAGACACUGAUACCACAUAUUUCAAGUUUUUUCAAUGUCUGUGAGUCACAAUUUGAGCCAUUGAAGUUUGAAGAGUUUUUGAAGGAAAUCAAUCUUGACAUAAUGAAUAUAACGAAUACUCUAGCAGUUGCAAAUUCGCCAGUCUCCUCAAGCUUACAAUCAAAUAGCAACUCUAAUAGCAAACCGAGCAAAGAGGCGGCUCAAUUGCCAUUGUCACCAGAAGAAUCAAUAUUCAAAAAUAUAAUCAAAAGAAUCGCAACUCUAGAACAUAACGCAACACUGACAAUACUAUAUAUGGAGGAACAAAGCAAGCUUCUUUCGAGCUCAUUUGAAAAUUUAGAAGCAAAGUAUGCAGUUAGAUUUGAUAAUUUGAUUGGUAUGUUCAAUGACACUAUAAUGAAUAAUAUUGAACUCCUAAAAGUGUUCGCCAAACAGUUGAAAGAUCAAUCAUUGGGGAUUUUGGAGGAGACUAAAAAUAACAAUGAUGCAUUCAUCAAGAGUAGUGAUUUAAGAAUCAUUUCACUGGAAAACGAAAUAAGAUACCAAAGAAAGCUUGUAUUAUUCACUUUAGGAAUAUUGGCUGUGUAUCAUAUUUACCUACUCUUUUCAAAAAUUUUGUAUAUAGAAGUUGACGAGGAUGAGGUAGAGAAAGAAGAGGUAAAAGAGCAGAAACCCAAAGAUCCAGUAGGGAAAAGUUAA